CCGGUAGCUCACGGUUGCCACACGCGCACUCACACACACAUGCAGACACACGCUCACUUACUCUCUCACUCAUAUACACACAGACACGCCAAGACGCACGUUCAGUUCACGAGCUCCGGUUAUUGGAGUGUGCGCGCUGGGAGAGAAGCACCCCUAAACAACCCAUCCGCGCGCUGCCUUGCACCCACACACUCACAGGGAGCGUUGGUUCGCUCGUGCGGUCCCUGAAGAUGGUCUGAAACUCAAGCGCGUUUUUUCUUCCCACCCCCUGUGAAGAGCUCGAGCCGAGAGCCAUAAUGUUGACGAGGCUUUUCAGUGACCCAUCGCUGCUCCCCGAUGUGCAGAAAUACUCGGGCUGGGCGGAGGACAGCGAUGAGGAGGAUUCGAAAAGGAAAGAUGAUGAUCAGGACAUCCAGGACGACGAGGGAUCAGAGCUGAGAGGAAGCAGCCGGACUCACUCCGAGCAUGCCGGGGAAGACGAUGAGGACGACGACGACGACGAGGUAGAGGAAGAGGAAGACGAAGAAGGGAUAGAGGGGGACAUGCCCAAGAAAAGAGGGCCCAAAAAACGAAAAAUGACCCCGGCCCGUGUCGAGCGCACCAAGGUGAGGCGGACAAAGGCCAACGCACGGGAGAGGACCCGAAUGCACGACCUGAACUCUGCACUUGACAAUCUGCGUAAAGUGGUUCCCUGCUACUCCAAAACGCAAAAACUUUCAAAAAUUGAGACACUGCGUUUGGCCAAAAACUAUAUCUGGGCUUUAUCGGAGAUAUUGCGUUCUGGAAAAAGGCCCGACGUUGUGGCCUACGUCCAGACGCUGUGCAAGGGACUCUCCCAGCCCACGACCAACCUGGUAGCGGGGUGCUUGCAGCUAAACUCCCGUAACUUCCUAACCGAGCAGCAGUGUCCGGACGGGAGCCGGUACGCUUCCGGCUCCUUCUCCAUGCACUCCUACCCCUACCAGUGUGCGCGUCUCUCCAGCCCCCACUGCCAGCCGGGCUCGGGCUCGGCCUCGAACUCGAACUCGCAUCCACUGAGGACGCACGGCUACUCGACUUACGACUCGGUGUACGGUGGGAGCGGAUCCCCGGAGUACAACAGCCCUGAGUAUGAGGCGCCCCUCAGCCCGCCUCUGUGCGUUAAUAAUGGCAACUUUUCCCUGAAGCAACAAGGCUCUGCGUCGCCCGAGAACGAGAAGGGGUACCACUACUCUAUGCAUUACUCCGGCCUGCCUGGCUCCAGACCCCCCGGGCCCCACAACCUAGUGUUUGGCUCUUCUGGAGCCCGGAGCGGCAUUCACUCUGAAAACGUCGUGCCUUACCACGACAUGCACUUAAAUCACGAACGUGCUCCGGUGUAUGACGAACUGAACGCGUUUUUUCACAAUUAAAAUGAGAAGCCCACCGUGCAGCCCUGCAAUCAACAAUCUAACCACGGCACACUUUUCUAACAAGCUUACCCGCCAGGAUUCAGGCAUUCUGGAGAGAUGUUUCACUUGUUGUCAUUAGUAUUUUCCUUUUAUUUCUCCCGUCUUUACUAUUUCUUAAGCUAUAGUCAGAGAUGUAGUGGAAGAUCAUCCACCUAAACCACAAUCUGAUUCUGUACAACAGCUUAAAUCAAGCUGAAAUAAAUCUCUAAAAGGAAAUUUGCUGAGCAAAUCAUAUUAAGACAAAAAUGUUAAUGUUUCUUAAAGUGUAACUUGUGUGUGUAUCGGUGGUUGUUUGCAUUUUGAUGACUGAAAGUGUACCCACUUAUUUAUUUACCACUACAUCACUGGCUACAGCUACACCUUGACAUUGGCGGUGACUUUCUAUUAUAAAAUCAAAAAGAAGUCAAUGAACAACAAAAUGCAAAUCGUCUGUACGUGCGAGAUUUGGUUUUUGGAAAUAGUGAAAUAUAUAGAAAUGCACAGUUUAAUGCUGAACUGAUUUAAAAAAGUGCUGUUUGUUUUGUGUAAGAAAAGCCUGCAGCAAAUCACUCAUUUCGCAUCUAUGCAAAAGCCAACGAGACCACAGAGCAAGGCAACAAGGCCCAAAAAG